GCCAUAUUUAUGAAUCUCUAUCCGACUGCCUAAUUUUUGCCGUCGGCACGCACUUAUGGGUCAAUUACGUCACUAUUCUGAUGUCCCCAUCGUUUCCAACGCAUAGGGCUCCGAUAAAAGGAGUCCCCUCUCUCCCCAAGAAAGUGUCCGUGGCCAUUGGGUAGGCUCGGUUGUUCACUUGUUCUCCCAUGGCCAUGGAGCUCGUCCCCCACCAUCACCACGCCUUCCCCUGGCCUUUCUUCCUCGCCCAACCCUACCUCUUCCAGCCCUACAUCGCCAUCCCUCCGCGCAAUUAUGUCCACUGGACCCAAACACCUGAAUCCCAUCUCUACACCGCCGACAUACCUGGUGUGAGGAAGGAGGAGAUCAGAGUAGAGCUGGAGGACUCAACGUACCUGGUGAUCAGGACCGAGCACAACGAGGACGGUGGGGAGUCGCCGGAGAGGGAGCGGAGGAGCUUUAUGAGGAAGUUCCGGCUGCCGCAGAUGGUGAACCUGGAUCGGAUCUCGGCGGGGUAUGAGGAUGGGGUGCUGACGGUGACCGUGCCCAGAUCCAUAUCCAGGGGAAGGCUCGUCGUGGAUCCCCAAGAACUGGCGGCCCAGGCCCACCAUUCGGUCGCCCGUGCCGCUUGAAUUAUCGGAUUAUAUUCGAUAAAUAUUACUGCAUUUGAUUUGAUUUAUGGGGCGUUUGUUGGUGACUGCCGUAUGUUAGAAGGCAGGAAUUUGAUUCUGGGUCUUCUUGUUGGUGCCAAGUUAGCUGUCAUGUGGUGCGAACUUAGUGUAGUACUAGGAGUUUUAGAUGCAUCCAUGCAAGUGGAAAGAUUAGAACCUUGUUGUUCCUCUUGAUUGGUUUGUUAUGGAAUUGAUGAUUUGGCAUCCUC